AUGGCAACUAAAUUAGGUAUAAAUGGAUUCGGUCGAAUUGGCAGAAUUAUUUUUAGAACAUGUCUCCUACACAACGAGCUAGAGGUAACAGCUAUAAACGACCCAGCAAUCGAUGCAGAAUACAUUUGCUACUUGAUAAAAUUCGACUCCACACAUGGAAAGUUUUCGGGAACGGUCACGCGAAAUGAUGAUAACGAAAUAAUUGUGGACGAUCGUCCCAUAAAAAUAUUCCGCGAGAAACUGCCGUCCAGUAUACCAUGGCAAUCUGCUGGCGUUCAAUAUGUUAUCGAAUCUUCUGGAAUGUUUACUUCACUGGAGAAGGCUUCGGGUCAUCUUCGAAGCGUUAGAGUCAAACGUGUGAUUGUAACUGCACCAAGCGUCGACGUACCCAUGUUGAUUUUGGGCGUCAAUGAUGGUGAAAUAUGUUCAGACAUGAAAGUUUUGUCGUGUGCAUCAAGCACUUUAUAUUGUUUGGCACCGGUCAUAAAGAUAUUGGAAGAUAACUAUGGAGUAUCCGAAGGUUUCGUAACAAGUAUACAUGCAAUGACGCCAUCAUUGAAACCCCUAGAUGGACUGUGCUUAAGAGGGAAGCACUGGCGCGAUCAUCGGAGUAUACAUCAGAACAUCAUACCGGCCGCCACAGGAGCAUGUAAAGCCCUUGGCAAAAUCAUGCCACAAGUUAAAGACAAACUGACCGGUUUAGCUUUUCGAGUACCGAUUGUCAACGUUUCCGUUUUGGAUAUUUCUAUCCGUCUAUGUAAGGAAACGACUUGGCAAGAUAUUUUGAAGAAGAUAGAAGAGGCCGGUCGUAGCAAGAUGGAGAACAUUAUAAAGGUAACAAGGGAUGAUAACGUUUCUUCGGAUUUCGCUGGUGACGAGCACUCGUGCAUCGUGGACGGGAAUUCUAGCUUACAGCUAAAGCCGGAUUUCUACAAAAUCGUGUGUUGGUACGAAAAUGAAUAUUCCUACGCGUGCCGUGUCAUAGACACUGUAUUGUUUAUUGAAAAUCAGUUAAAGUUCGUUUUGGUAUCCGAGUUCAGAGAUCAAGUUAAAUCUAAAAAUAGUUCUGUUGAUAAAAUACACAAUAUAAAAGCCGCCGUGGAAAGUUAUGGCGAUGCUCCACAGAAUUCCAAGGUAUUCCGUAACAAUAAUGAAAGUAAGCAGAAUACUUACAACGCAGAUGCAAUGAAACCGUUGAGGAGACCAGACUUAUAUACAACGUCUGAUAAUGAUUGUAAGGCAAAAUACUCAAAAGAUACCUUUAAAAUUUCGAAAGAAAACGAUCUAACCUCAAAAACAGGCGUGCGCAAUUACAGCGGAUCAUUUUUCCAUAGUUGUAUCUCGUUUGCAAAUCCAACUAAUACAAUUAAGGCCCAGGAACGCUUAGAGAAAGUUAAACGUGAAUUUUCUAAAAUGGUCAACAUCACUGAAGAUUUGCUAAAGAAAUCUUGCAGCUAUAAAUUGAAUUUACUACCGGAUCCGAUUCCAGAGAACAGCUUAACGACUGAAAGAAAAAAAUCGAAUACAAUAGUUAAGGUUUCAAACACCGAUACUAAGCAUUUAGAUGAAAAAACUAAAACAGAUUCAGCAUCUAGCGAUAUCCCACAAGAUAAUGGUCGUAUGCAUGCGAACAGUUAUGAGAAAGACGAAUCUAGCAGUAGCAGUAUUGAAAUUGGAAACAUCGAUUUUGAAACGGAAAAAAUAAUUUUACUUCGUGAUUGUCGUGAAGAUAUGAAUAUAAACAAUACAAACAAAAGUGGCAUCCGAACAGUAAAGCAAGAAGAUAACUGUAGAACAAAUUUAAUUAAUGAUAAUUUUAUAAACGAAGAAAAUACGAAAGAAGAUUUCGAUUUAAAGCUAAAUCCUGAAACUGAAAAACUAACCGAUGAAAUUCUUUUAAGACCUAAUAGUUCAAAUAAAGAAGAGCAGAUAAAUUUAAAACUUAAAGACAAUGAAACGAGUAUUGAAAUUAACAAUAGCAGUAUUGAUAUGUCUGGCGUAACAAAAACAGAUAUUUUGAAAGAGGAAAAUUACCAAAGUAUUUCUGACAAAUUAACUUUGGAUAUCCAUAAGAAUCAAACAAAUUUAAUUAAUUCAUUGCAAUUUGGUGACAGUGAAACGAAUCGAGACAAUGCUAUUGUAAGCUCGAAGAACUUAAUGAACUGUUUAAACAAACUAACACCUGAACCAGUUAUUGUCAUAGCUAAUAAAAAAUCCACAUGCUCUGAAAUUACCAUUGCCACAUCCGCAUACGGCGAAUUUAAUAAAAAUAAAAUAGACUUAUUUGAAAAACUCGAUAGCGAAUGCGGUACAGGAUCGGAAUGCUCUUUCGAAAUACGCGGUCGGGCAUCUCAAGUGAUCCACAUUACCGAUUUGACGAAUUCACUCGAAGAUCUAUCUCGCUUGGACAAAAUUUGCAAGAUUAUCGAAAUAUCAGAUGAACUAUCCGAUAAACUGUUUUCAGCAUUGGACAGUGGAGAUGUCGAAACUCUAAAACGAAAGAAGUGGUCGUUCAAAGAUUUGUGUGAUAAAAUUCAACUAGAUGAAUUUUGUACUAAUGUAUUCGGAAAAUCAAUUAUGUAA